AUGCCGAAGGAAAAAAGUGAGGUUCGCAUUCAGAAUCUAAAGAAAAGAAACGAUUUAGGCGAUGGUUAUGAACGGCUCACCGAUAUUGCGGUGGGAAUGAAAAACGAGGGGGUUCAAGUGAGCACUGUGCUCCAGAAUGUCAUCGAACAGUACAUCGCGCUGAAGAACGUCUUCUCUGAAUACUACCAGGAAAACUUGAAAAGAUGGCCGCAGCACGUCGAGCGCAUCUGCAAUGAUUUUGUGAAUUCGGCGGUGAGAAGUCAGCGAAAGUAUUCAAAAACUGUUCUGUUCAGGAAAAUGUGAAAGACAAUGCGAAUCAUGUUGCCGAUCUGUUGACGGACAUGUCACAACCGGCCAUCUCCUCAGUGUCACUCAUCUCAAAGGUACCGUUUCCCGUCCGAUGUGAGCCCAAAACUGAUCUUCCAGUUGUUCGCCAACUCGGUCGUCCUCCUGCUCACCGCCUCCUUCUCCUCUUUCAUCGGCGCCUACAUCUUCGCUCCGUUCUUCAAUCUCAUCUUCUUGAGAUUCGGAGCAAUUCUUAUCGCCACUUUCCUCAUUCCUCUCAUGGCUCGCUACUUUUUCUACAAUAUGAAAGUUCGCUCGUUGAGUGAGAACAAGAAACGGAUUGUGUGUGCUACGUUCAUCUUUGAGCAGUCCGUCCUCAUCGGAUUCAUCAAUCAGGCGAACUGGCUGGACACCCCACUCACCAUCGUUGCUCCGAUUGUGAAAAAAAGAAAGUUGCAUUGGAGGUCCUCUUUCAUUUCAGGUCGCUUCAUUUGUCUAUCCGUUGGCACACGCACACACAAUCGAAAGAAACAAGAUGGUCGGGCUGUAGCCGGAGCUUCGAUGCUUCUUCAGUUGGCUCUGGGGGCCCUCGCACUCCAUCUCAGCUCCGGAUUCUUCGUCGUUGCAUCCCUCUACACUCUGCUCACUGUCGCCGUCGUUCAACUUGCCAUCGCGGUAAAAAUACAUUCAGAAACAGCCCAAGAAGUGUUUUUCAGUACUGUGAUCAUCCGGAGUUCGAGGAAAUGCACUUGACAAUGCAAUACGUUCUCGGUAUUUCGCUCGUCAAAAUGUAUUCUCUGAUGGCCUUUGGAACGGAAGAGACUUUCACCAAGUAG